GGAAGUGGAUCUUCGGGGGUUAGUUAUAGAGCUCCCAGCGUUCAUGGAGGAUCAGGGGGGAAAGGAAUAUCCAUCUCUAAACACUUUUCUGUUGGUCAUGGAUGUGGCUAUGGAAGUGUACAUAGCGGAAAAAGUCAUGGAAGCCAUUUUAGCAGUUUGGGAGGCCACAGUGGUUGGAAGAAUGGUGGUCUAUUUAAUGUCAAUGAGAAGGAGACCAUGCAACUUCUAAAUGACAGACUGGCUUCCUACUUGGAAAAAGUGCACUCACUGGAGCAGCAGAAUUGUCAGCUAGAGAGGAAUAUCCGAGAGUGGUAUGAUAACAACCAGCCCAGCACUUUGCCUGACUUCAAUAACUUCUUUAGGACCAUUCAAGAUCUGCAGGGUCAGAUAUCUUCAGCCACUGUGGAAAAUGCAAGGAUUGUUCUGCAAAUAGACAAUUCACGUCUAGCUGCAGAUGAUUUCAGAAACAAGUAUGAGAUGGAACUUAACCUGAGGACAAAUGUUGAAGGAGAUGUGACUGGUCUAAGAAGAGUUCUUGAAGGGCUGAACUUGGAGAGGUGUGACCUAGAAAUGCAAGUUCAAAACCUCCAGGAAGAACUUCAGCAAAUGAGAAGAAACCAUGAGGAGGAAGUCAACAGUUUACGUACUCAGCUUGGUGCUCGAGUCAAUGUGGAAGUAAAUGCAGCACCAUCUGUGGAUAUGAACAGAUCAUUAAAUGAGAUAAGAGAGCAAUAUGAAAACCUGAUGGAGAGGAACAUGAGGGAGGCUGAGAACAUGUUCAUAACAAGGAGUGAAGAACUAAACCGUCAGGUGAUGUCUGGAGCUGAGCAACUGCAGUCAGUCCAAACUGAAGUAAUUGAACUCAGAAGAACUGUGCAGACCCUGGAGAUUGAGCUACAGAGCCAACAGAGUAUGAAAUCAGCACUGGAGAGUACCUUGGCAGAGACAGAAGCUAGUUAUGGUGCUCAGCUUUCUCAGUUACAAGGUGUUAUCAACAAUAUUGAAGCCCAAUUGGCCCAGAUCAGAUCUGACUUAGAACGUCAGAAUAAUGAGUACAGGAUUCUUAUGGAUCAGAAGAACCAUCUGGAGAUGGAAAUCUCUACUUACAAACGCCUUUUGGAUGGACAUGAUACCCAGUAUGUAAAAGGCAGAGCAAGUAUAUACAAGACAUAG